UUUUGUUAUAUCUCUUUUUUCCUUAUUUUUCUUGCUUUACUGCACUGGCCAUGACCUUCAGUGGGCCUGUCUUCUUCCCAGAAAGGGAAACAUUUCAGUAUUUCACCAUUGAGUAUUUUUUAAAUAACAACUUUGUGGAGAUAUAACUUACCAUAAAAGUCACCUUUUUAAAGUAUACAAUUCAGUGGUUUUUAGUACAUUCCUAGUGGGGAGCCAUCCCACUGCCUACUUUUGACACAUUGUAGUCACCCCAUAAACAUACUCCGUUCCCCCCGACACUCUCAUCCCCUCCCUCCCUUCAUGGAUGGGCUUGUCCUGGACAUUUCAUGUGAAUGGAAUCAUACCGUUUGUGUCCUCUCACAAGUGUCUUUGCACGGAGCAGUGUGUUUUUGAGGUUCCUCUACACAGCAGGUAUCAACGCUUUAUUCCUUUUUACUACCGAGUAAUAUUCCACCGGGUGGAUGGGCAUUUUAUUCAUCCAUUCAUCAGCUGAUGGACAUUAGGGUUGUUUUCACAUGUUGGCUGUUAUGAACAGUGUAGCAAUGAAAUUAGAAAUUCAUGUGUAAGUUUUCAUGUAGAUAUAUAUUCCCACUUCUCUUGGGUACGUAGCUAAAAGUGGAAGUGUCUGUUUUGCAGACACUGUCAGACUAAGGAAUUUCUUCCAUUUCUAGUAUGCGAAAGCCUUAUUUCACUCUCCUUUAAACAUUAACAUGACGGGGCGUGUGGGUGGCUCAGUUAAGUGUCUGAUCCUUGACUUCAGCUCAGGUCAUGACCUCACUGUCAUGAGAUCGAGCCCUGCCUCAGGCCCCUUGCUGGGUGUAGGGCCUGAGAUCCUCUCUCCCCUGCCUCUCCCCCAUGCACACACAUGCUCUCUCUCAAGAAAACAAAACACAUAAACAUGAUCAUGUAAUGUCUUUUUCUGCUGUUGUUAUUUUUUGCUUGUUUUUUGUUUGUUCGGGUUUUAUUCUUAAAUUAACCAGGUAUUUCUUGAAUAAGCCCAAUGUAGUCAUGAUGUAUUAUCCUAUUUACAUAUCGCUGGAUUUUACUUUUGUGAAUCUAUGUUCAGUAGUGAGCCUGGUCUAUAAUUUUCCUUUUCUAUACUACCCUUGUUGGGUUGUUGUAUGGUUAUGCCUUAAAACACUAUUCAGGGGGCACCUGAGUGGCUCAGUCAGUUAAGCGUCCGACUUCGGCUCAGGUCAUGAUCUCGUGGUCCUGUGAGUUCGAGCUCUACAUUGGGCUCUGUGCUGACAUCUCAGAGCCUGGAGCCUGCUUCGGAUUCUGUGUCUCCCUCUCUCUCUCUGCCCCUCCGCUGCUCAUGAUCUGUCCCUCUCUGUCUCAAAAAUAUAUAAACAUUAAAAAAAAUUUAAAAAACUACUGCUCAAUAAAAUUUGUUGAUGAAUAAUAUAGGCCUGUGGUAUUCUUUGUGGGAAGGUUUGAAAUUAUGACUUUGACUCCCUUAAUAGUUACAGACAAUUCAGAUUUUCUGUUUCUUCUUAUGGCAGUUUCAUAAUUGUAUUUUCUAGGAAUUGUCAUAUCAUCUAAAUUUGCUGGCAUAAUGUCGAUAAUAUGCUCUUGUGUUCUUAUUAAUUUGUAUCUUUUUAGAGAGAGAGAGAGAGAGAGAGAGAGAGUGAGCACACAAGCAGGCGGAGAGGGGCAGAGGGAGCGAGUGAGAAUCCCAAGCAGAUUCCACGCUCAGUGUGCAGCCUGAUGCGGGGCCCGAACCCACAACCCUGGUAUCAUGACCUGAGCCAAGAUCAAGAGAUGGAUGCUCAACUGACUGAGCCCCGCAGGUGGUCCUCCUCUUAUGUUCUUUUAACUGCUCUCAGAAUCUAUACUGACAGCAUUUUCAAGUCCUCACACUGGUAACCUACACUCUUCCUCUUUGUUCCUGAAUCUGACUUGCUACCGACUUUAUUAGGUUUAUUUAAAAAAAAUCCAGGUUUUGGCAUUGUAGAUCUUGUCUGCUGUAUGGGUGUUUUCUAUUUCAUUGACAGUUUUGCUUCUUGGCAUUUCUGGUGGUCUCCCCAAGGGCAUAAAGUUACGCAGGACCUCUGAGGUCUGUUGUGCUCAGGGUCUCUUUUUUUUUUUUUUUUUUUUUAACUGCAUUGCCAGGGGCAACCGGAUGGCUCAGUUGAGUGUCCAACUUCAGCUCAGGUCAUGAUCUUGUGGUUCAUGAGUUUGAGCCCCGCAUCGGGCUCUGUGCUAUCAGCAUAGAGCUUGGAGCUGCUUCGGAUCCUCUGACCCCUCUCUCUGCCCCUCCCCUGCUUGUGUGUGUGUGUGUGUGUGUGUGUGUGUGUGUGUGUGCGCGCGCGCGCACAUGCACAGAAGCAUGCUCUCUCUCUCAAAUAUAAAUAGAAAAACAUUAAAAAAACAAACAAACACCUACAAUGGUGAUUUCAAAAUGUUUUUAAAGUGAUCAAACUUUUCCGGUCUUUGAUGGUAAGGUUCAGAGAGUCACCCAACAUGCCAAUAUUUGAUACAGAAAACUGAUUUAUAACUGUGCUGUAUUUGCAUUACCUAUUCCAGAGCAUGAAAAUCAUUUUAAAAAUAAAGUGACACAGAGUGGCGCCUGGGUGGCUCAGUCAGUUAAGCAUCCAACUUCAGCUCAGGUCAUGAUCUCAUACUCCAUGAGUUUGAGCCCCGCGUUGGGCUCUGUGCUGACAGCUCGAGGCCUGGAGCCUGCUUCAGAUUCUGUGUCUCCCUCUCUCUGACCCUCCCCCAUUCAUGCUCUCUGUCUCAAAAAUAAAUAAACAUUAAAAAUAAAGUGACAGAGAAAUAGGCAUUCUGUGUAUUUAUGGUGGGAGUACACACAUUACAGGACCUUUGUAGAAGCACGCACCAAAACUCGAAGGAGAAACUGUCCAAACACCCGUUGACCACAUCACAGCACAUUCCCACAUCAGCACUGCACGUAAAUGUACCCCUUCCAGGGGGCAAGUCGGGGACAGCAGAUGGAACAACCAUCACGCCCCAUGGUGUGAAGUGGCUGAAGGCACUUGUGGCACGGGGCGGGCGUCACAACAGCCUGAGGAGGCAACACCCAUUUCUGAGAAGAGCCUCUUUAAACCUGUCAACAAGUAGCUUUAUCUUUGAAGUUGUUGCAUGGGAAGCAACCACACCCAUAUAAGAAAAACUAACUCAUCGGUAUCCCACAGCCCAGGGGUAAAAACACUGAAAAGGUGACCUUACUCAAACAUGUGUUCUGGAGGCUGAACCCACAGCAGCCACACUUGUGGCCCAGGCGCUGGGGGACCCGCUCACACCUGCGUGGUGACAGACACCAAGCUGCAGAGCAGCUGUCAGGGCCAAGUCUCAGGACACAGUUACGACUGCAGUAAUACAGGGGAGGAGACCUCGAAUACCAGGAUUUUCCAUGUACUAUGUGGUUAAAAUAGUUUCUGCGGAAGGAUUCACAUAACAGUCCAUGAAGCCAUGAAGUCAGAGCGGGGACCUCAGAAACCAGAGUCCUGGUCUCUGCGAUGCUGUCAGACUUGGCGUCCGUAACUCCUGGUCCGAAACUCCUGCCUUUACACUGCUACUUUAAGUUACUUCUCAUUGUUUAAAUUCUUUUUAAUAGUUACUUUUUUUUUCCCUGAUCUGGUUAUAAAAGGCUAAAAAUGUUAUAAAAGGACAGAUUACAUAGUAAAACCCCUGCAUAAUUCCAUCACUCAGAGACAACCAUUAUCAACAGUCUGUUAUUUAUUCCUUGUUUAUUCCUUCCUGUCUGUUCUCCAGGAAGGUGCUACACUGUAUACAUUAUUAGAAGGUAAGAUAAUACAGCACGUGUACUGUUUUGACAUUUCUUUUCUCUUCUUGGUACAUUGUGGACAACUUUGCUAACCGGUGUAACAGUUACUUGUCUCUCUACCAGCUUAGGGCAGUCCACUGUUCUGUCAAUAUACUAGUGGGUUAAUUCCUUCCCUUUUAUGUUACAAUGUUUCCAAGUACUUUCCUGGAUGCACAGAUGUACAGCUAAAGAUGUUUCUAUAAUGGAUGGCAAGGAGUCAAAUGCUAGGACAACAAACCGCUACAAAGAGUGUAAAGGUUUCUGUUUGUCUUAAACACUGUCCAAAACUGAGUUCAUCAACAUUUUUUUCCCUCCCCAAACAGUGUAUUUCAACAAAUCAGGUGCCCCCCCCCCGCCUUUUUUUUUUUUUUUUUUAAAGAGAAGCUUCAGAUUGACAGCAAAAGAGAGAGGGAGGUACAGAGAGGUUUUCCAUACAUUCCCCAUCCACCCCUUAUAUGUGACCUCAUCUAUUACCAACACCCCCACUAGCGUGGUACAUUUGUUGCUACUGAUAAGCCUGUACUGACAUAUACUAAUCACCCAAGCCCAUAGGUUACCCUGAGGUUCACUCUUGGUGGUGCACAUUCUAUGGGUCUGGAUAAAUGUAUGACGACAUGUAUCCACUAUUAUGAUCAUACAGGGUAGUUUCCCUGCCUUCACAGUUCUCCGUGCUCUAUUCAUCCCUCCCUCUGGCCUAAUCCCUGGCAACCACUGAUGUUCUACUGUUUCCACAGUUUUUGUCUUUUCCAGAAUGUCAUAUAGUUGGAAUUGUAUAGUAUGCAACCUUUCAGACUGACUUCUUUCACUAGUAAUGUACAUUUAAGGUUCCUUCAUGGUUUUUCAUGGCUUGAUAAGAGUAUUUCCUCUUAGCAUUGAAAAAUAUUCCAUUGUCUGGAUGGGUCACAGUUAAUUUACGCGCUCACCUACUGAAGGGCAUCUUGGGUGCUUCCAAGUGUUGGCACUAUGAAUAAAGCUGAUGUAAACAUCUGUGUGCAGGUUUUUGUGUGGACGUAAGUUUUCAACUCAUUUGGGUAAAUACCAAGGAGCAGGACUGCUGGGUCACAGAUUAAGAGUAUGUUUAGUUUUCUAAGAAACGUCACACUGUCUUCCCACAUGGAUGCGCCAUUUUGGAUUCCUACCAGCAAGGAAUGAGAAUUCCUAUUGCUCCACAUCCUCGCUUGCAUAUGGUGUUGUCGGUGUUUUUGGAUUUCUGCCAUUCUAGUAAGUGUGUAGUGGUAUCACACUGCUGUUUAAUCUCCAAAGCCCUUUUCUUUUCUGACUGUGUGUGAGCGUUUUUGGGAAGGAAGGUGGGGUCCUAUCUCUAAUAGGAGAAUCUUCCCAAAUGUUUCAUAAUCCUGAGCUAUCUGCUCACGACUAACAGUAUAGGGUUAAAAUGCUGACCAAAACAUAUCAGUGGGGAUGAUCAAUUUUGUCUUUAUAGUGGGUUGUGCCAGUAGUGAGCUUAGAUUCUGAACAUGGGGGUUCCCUGUUCCACCAGCCACCCAAGCCCAGUGGGUGAGAACACAGGUUCAGUUUAGGGGCAGAUGCCUAAUACAACAAAUGAUGGAGACAUCCGGAGGACUGGGGUCAUCUAACCUGCUACUCUUAAGUGCAGUCUCCAACAAACGUCACCAUUCCCAGCAUUUGGAAUUUCUAAACCUGUGGGGAACACCCACAGGGCUAUCCUGUCCCAUACACUUGGGCUGCAGUGUUAUCUGUCAGAGUCUCUGUGCCUUUAAUCUUUAAGGAAUUUCUCAACAUUUCUUCUAAUAGUACUAAUUAUUUUGCAUAUAUAUACAUAUAUAUGUAGUUUAUUUUAAGGAAUUUGGAUGGCCCACGUGUGUAGUCAAUUAUCUUGAUUUGAUCUACCCAGGUCAUUUUAAGAUUUUGGAAAAACAAAAAUGUAGCUCUUUUCUGUCAGAAAAUUUAGACACCUGAAGUAGAAUAGUAAGAAUUUAAAAAUAGCCAUUAAAUAAUUCCCUAGUCUGUGACAGGCACUUCACAUAGGGUAUUCAUUGCAUUGGCAGGGUAGGUAUUAUCAUCCCAGUUGUACAGAAGGAUAAAGUUUAAUCAGAAACAACAGUAACUCAUCCAAGGUCCCCAUAAGCAGCAGUGUGAGCCUGGAACCCUGACCGCUCUCUGACCUGCUCAUUUGUAGAUAGAAAAAACUGAGGCCAAAGUAGACAACCAAUUCGCCAGAGUAAUCAUCAUCAGAAGGCUCAAAGCUCCUUUGCACAUUUUCUCCUUAUUGCUUCAAGGCUGGAAGUUACAUAAUUUCAGUGACAUUAAUAUGUAACAGCUCUGUGCUUUGUUAACAAGGCUGCCUGCAGACUGGGGGAGCAGGCAGAGGACAGCGAGUUAACCCCACUAAAGGCAUCCCAGGAACGCACGGUCCUCCACGUGGCAACAAUGGCGUCUCUGUAGUCUGCCGGAGACUUUAAUGACACCAAGCAGAACCUACUUAGUUUAGAAUUUCAGGUUUCUGGAUGAAAGUGAGCCAAUUCUGGGGGGUAAGGAGAAAGACUCCGGGAGAAAUUGGAUGGUGGAAAAGCCAGCAUGAAGUUUGCAGGUUUGGUUUGUUUCCUUCUGCUUGUCAUCUGUCAAACUGACUUGGGACAAAAUGAAGAAGCACCUAGGAAGCAGCGGAGGAAGAUGCACCACAGAAGACUGAGGGGCAGCUCCUCGCCUGCCCGCAGGUCCAGCAGGCAGCUGGGGGACCAGCAGACGAUGGUCACACCCGGAGCAACACGUCCCGUGCUGAACCUGGACUACAGCACGGAGGAAAAGCUGGACUCUUUUCUAGGUUUUCUGGGAGUAGAAUCAAGUUAUAACGUGUUACCAGGAAAGAAGGGACACUGUCUGGUAAACGGGAUGACCAUGUACAACAAAGCUGUGUGGUCUCCUGAGCCAUGCACGACCUGCCUCUGCUCCAAUGGAAGGGUGCUUUGCGAUGAAACCGUGUGCCCCAUUCUGACAUGCCCCCAAACCAUCACACCGGAAGGAGAGUGCUGUCCAGUCUGCGUGGAUACUGCUUCUCCCCAGCCACUCAGUGGUACAGCCGUAAGCGAUACAAGUGAAUUUUCUGGUGAUUCUUCAGAACAAAGAGAAGCAACCAACUUACCCUGUAAGCAACUGCCAUCUUGUCCGCUGGAAAUGAACCCAGUGUUGCAAAAAGAGGAACUGCGGUUUGAGGAGGAUGAAGAAGAAAUUAAAGAAGAUAAAGAUAAGGAGCAGAAGAAACAGACCGCUGACCCCGGAGAGCAGGGGAGACCCCUCAGUGAAGGGCGGAGCAGAGAAGGGGGAGAGCAGAGACCCCACGAGGAGGGGAGGCAGGCCCAUCAAAGAGGACACCCAGCAAGGGAGGAGGAGGAGGAGGAGGAGGAGGAGAAAGAGGAGGGAGAGGGGGAGGACAAUGACGACGAGGAGGAGGACGGCGAUGACGAAGAGGAGCACGAUGACACCAUCAGAGGAGACGUGUUCAGGAUGCCCUCAAGACCCCGGGUCCCCCCCUCUCCCAGACGCAUGCCACCUCUGCCCAGCGGAUGCUCUCUGUCCUACAGGACCAUCAGCUGCAUGAGCGCGGGCCUCACGCAGAUGCCACCACUCACGGCACCAGAGAUAACAAGCCUGGAGCUUGCUGGCAAUGCCAUCACCUCCAUUCCUGAUGAAGCAUUUAAUGGGCUGCCGAAUUUGAAAAGGCUCGAUCUGAGCAAAAAUAAUAUCACCUCCCCGGGCAUAGGGCCCAAAGCAUUCAAGCUUCUGAAGAAGUUACUGCGCCUGAAUAUGGAUGGGAACAAUCUGGUAGAGAUUCCUCCUGACUUACCAUCUGCAUUAGAAGAACUUAAGAUCAAUGACAACAGUCUGCAGGCUAUCAGUGAAGAGAGCUUAUCCGACCUAAAUCAGCUGGUCACCUUAGAACUGGAAGGAAACAAUCUCAGCGAAUCCAACGUCAACCCUUUGGCUUUCAAAUCUGUGAAGAGCUUAUCCUACCUGCGUCUGGGAAGAAAUAAAUUCAGAAUUAUACCACAGGGGCUUCCGGCUUCUAUUGAGGAAUUAUACCUGGAAAAUAACCAAAUUGAAGAAAUAACCGAGAUUUGUUUCAAUCACACCAGGAAGAUCAAUGUCAUUGUGCUACGAUACAAUAAAAUUGAAGAAAACAGGAUUGCUCCUUUAGCCUGGAUAAACCAAGAAAAUCUCGAGUCGAUCGACCUGUCCUACAACAAGCUCUACCACGUCCCCUCCUACUUGCCCAAGUCACUGCUGCACCUCGUGCUCCUCGGGAACCAAAUCGAGCGCAUCCCUGGCUACGUAUUUGGCCACAUGGAGCCAGGCCUGGAGUAUCUGUACCUGUCAUUCAACAGACUCUCAGAUGACGGCGUGGACAGAGUCUCCUUCUACGGGGCAUACCAUUCUCUGAGAGAGCUGUUUCUGGAUCACAAUGACUUAAAAUCUAUACCACCUGGGGUACAAGAAAUGAAAGCACUCCAUUUUCUGAGGUUGAACAACAACAAGAUACGGAACAUUCUUCCAGAACAAAUCUGCAAUGCUGAAGAAGAUGGCGAUUCAACCCUGGAACACCUUCAUCUUGAAAACAAUUAUAUUAAAACAAGAGAAAUAUCAUCCUAUGCAUUUUCAUGCAUAAGAUCAUAUUCAAGUAUAGUUCUUAAACCACAAAAUAUCACAUAAUUCCAAGUUUUUGUUCAUCACUUACAAACCAUACUCCUGUAUUUGUUGUAGUAGCAUCUGUCAUCCAUAAGUGAGACCCAGCCCACAGAGAAACAACCAAAACACACCCUGAGUUUAGUUUUCCAGCGGUCUUAGUGAAAGUGCAGCUUCACACUCUAGAAAAAAGCCCCCUCCUGCAACUUUCCUCAAGAGAACAGGAUCUUACUCGCUGCUGAGUUAGACUGGGAAAAUCUGGAGCAAAAUAAGAAUGUCCUUUACAACCGACCUGCGUAUUGCUUUAGGCUAGGCUCUAAGUCCCUUUAAAAAAUACAUGUGUUAUGGUUCGAGACCAAGAAGUGCAUGGCAGGAAAAAAAAAUAGGUGGAACUUACAAAUUAAUGUUCUGUUUAUUAUCCUACUGUUAAAAUAAUUUAGUAUUUUCUAUAAGAUCCUAUGCUACAAUUAUUGGUAUAAAUAUACUUAGUGAUUGGGUUUGCUUAGUUCCUUUUUUAAUCACAUGUGUAAAAUUAAAACACUCCUGUCAUGUUAAUUUCCUGGUUUUGAGGACUGUAGUAUUGUUAUAUACUGCUUAUUAACAUUAGAGGAAACUGGGAGAAGGGCAUAUGUGAGUUCUACACUAUUUUUGAAACUUUACUACAAAAUCUAAAAUUUCUGUGUCAGUUUAAAAAAUUAAACAAUAUUUUAAGAUCACCCUCAUUAUUCUUUAUUCAAGAUCAAAAGAUUUUAUGGAAAGUAGUGGACUUUGCUUAAAAUAUGUUCAUUGUCCUUGACUACACCUUAUCAAUAUAAACCCUAAGGCAUGCAUUUUUGAAAAUUUUUGCUCCAAUGGUUACUGUUAGCAACUACCUUCUUUCAAUGUGCUCAAAAGUAUACUUUUAUCCAGUUCAAUUUAACAUAAAGCUAUUAGUAUUUACUAUGUACUAGAACCUGCCAAAACUAUAUGGUAUUAAAAUUUUUAUUAUGUAA